AUGGAGGCUAAAUUAAAAAAGAAAAGAAAUGGACCAAGAUUACUCAAAAAAACUAAGCAGCAAUUAGCAGAAGCAAGACGGGCAUUAAGAGAAGAAGAUAUAGCUAUGCAGAAAGGAGACACAAAUAAGAAGAGAAAGAGAGAAGAAGGAGAAGGAGAGAAAAUAUUAACAGAGGAAGGAGAGAAGAGAAGACGACUAAGAGAUAAAAUAAUAUCAUUAAGAAAGGAGAGACAAAAACAACAAAAGGGAGAAAAAGAAGAAGAAGAAGAAAGUGACGAAUAUUCAGAAAUAGACGAAGAAGAAGAAAGCAGCAGCAGCAGCAGCAGCAGCAGGAAUAAGAAUAAGACAACAAUAAGUAGGGUAAAAGAAGGAGAAAUAAGGAAAUUAGGAGGAUUAACAAGAGAAAAAGUAAAUAAAUUAAUAAAAAUUAAUUAUAAACAAUUAAAAGGAACAAAAGGAGAAAGUGAUCGAUUUAUACAAGUCAAGAAAAAUAGAUGGAUGUUAUCAGGAAAAAGAGGUCUAGGCAAGACACAUAGUAGAUAA